GGGGGAGAGAGAGAACCCAUCACUUUCCUCUUUUCUCUUUCAAUGCUGCAACGACCGCCGUACAUUCUCAUGGAAUUGGAGGAAUAUAUUUAGGAUCUGAAUUGGGAAACAAAUAUUUCGGAGACCCAGGAUAAGAAAACUUGGAACAUCCUUUUGUUUUUUUUCCAAGAGUUCCGAGAUGUUUGGGGGCAAAUGUUUCUUUUGGAGCAGAAUCUCUGCUUUGUCGUCACCUGAACCGGAGCCUUUCUCUCUGCUGGCACCGCUUCCGAAAUGGCCUGAAGGUCAAGGUUUUGCCGGUGGAAUAAUUUGUCUAGGAGAACUAGAAGUGAUUCAAAUCACCAAGUUUGAGAGCGUUUGGAGCUGCAGUGUAUUGAAUGAUAACAGAAAAGGUGCUACAUUCUAUAAACCAAUAGGAAUACCAGAUGGCUUUUUCAGCCUAGGUUACUACUGCCAACCAAAUGACCAGCCUUUACAAGGGUUUGUUCUUGCUGCUAGAGAAGUGACUGCUUCUGACGCAGAAGGUAGUCAUUUUUGCCACAGAAGUGACUCUCCAGCUCUUACCAAGCCCGUUGACUAUACACUAGUUUGGAGUAUAAAUGACUGGAACGGUGACAUUCAUGAUGGAUGUGGUUACUUUUGGUUGCCACAAGCACCUGAGGGUUAUAAAGCUAUGGGGUAUGUGGUCACUAAAAAGCCAGACAAGCCUUCACUUGAAGAAGUGAGAUGUGUCCGAGCUGAUCUCACAGAGAACUGUGAGGCCUAUUGGUUAAUUCUUGAAGUGGAUUCAAAAUCUCCCAAGUUUCCAUUUUGGGUUUGGAAAAUAAGACCUAGCCAUAGAGGAAUGUGGGGAAAAGGUGUAUCUGUAGGAACAUUCUUCUGCAGUAGUUCUGGAGAUGAGCUGAAUAUUGCAUGCUUGAAAAACGUCAAUUUAAACCUGCAUGCAAUGCCAAGUCUGGAGCAGGUCCAUGCUCUUAUCAAGCACUAUGGGCCUACAGUUUUCUUCCAUCCAGAUGAGAUAUAUUUGCCUUCCUCUGUUUCAUGGUUUUUCAAAAAUAGAGCCUUGUUAUACAGAAAAGGAGAGUUAGAUGGUGAAGCAAUCGAUGCUAGUGGCUUGAACCUUCCAAAUGGUGGCACUAACGAUGGAAAAUAUUGGAUAGACUUGCCAAAUGAUGAUCGGAGGAGUACUGUUAAAUGUGGCAACAUAGAAAGCGCAGAACUCUAUGUUCAUGUGAAACCAGCCUUGGGAGGAACCUUCACUGAUAUUGCAAUGUGGGUCUUUUGUCCCUUUAAUGGGCCAGCCACUAUCAAGGUUGGAGUUUUAAGUUUUGCACUUAGCAUGAUAGGGCAGCAUGUAGGUGAUUGGGAACAUUUCACACUGCGUGUGAGCAACUUCACUGGUGAGCUCUGGAGUACAUACUUCUCACAGCACAGUGGUGGUGAAUGGGUGGAUGCAUGGAACUUGGAGUUCAUUGAAGGGAACAAGGCAAUUGUUUAUUCGUCAAAACAUGGUCAUGCAAGCUUCCCACAUCCUGGGAGCUAUAUUCAAGGUUCUGAGAAGCUGGGGAUAGGAGUGGAGAAUGAUGCUGCUCGAAGCAACUUUUAUGUGGAUUCAAGUGUCAACUAUCAGAUUGUUGCAGCUGAGUAUCUCGGUGAUGGAAUUGUGACAGAGCCAUGUUGGUUGCAGUAUAUGAGAGAAUGGGGUCCAACCAUUGUAUAUAAAUCACGUUUGGAACUGGAAAAGAUAAUCAGUUUUCUCCCGGUGCUGAUGAGGUUUUCUGUGGAGAACAUUUUUGACAAGAUCCCGACGGAACUUUCUAAAGAGGAAGGACCCACUGGACCCAAGGAGAAGAAUAAUUGGGAGGGAGAUGAAAGAGGGUAGGUUAGUUUUAUUGUCUGGCUUAUCUUCAAGGUUUCAUAAAUAUUUCCCUAUCUGGGUGUUUAAGUAGUCCUUUGUUGUAACAGUAUGUAUAGUUGUCAUUACUGUCAUCAUAUUUAAAAAAGUGGGAGAUGUACUUCCCCUAGACAAAAUUCCUCUAG